CAUAAACAGAUCACUUACUUCGUCUUCCCGGUCGCAACCAUGGCCUCCCUUCCAUUAUGACCUCGUUUGUCAAGAGGCAUGCUUCAGCAACAGAUGAUUUCCGACACAAGCUCUAUUUCUUCUGCUAUGCUUCAAGAAAUAGCUAACUCAGGCUCCCUGGACGAGAUCUCCAAUGCGCCUGGCUCAGUCCGCAGGAACAUCUGCCGUCAUAGUAAUCUGACUUAGAUAACGAUACCCUACGCAGAUCAAUGCUAUUUCUCAUCUAUCAGACCACGCGCCAUGGUCCCCAGAACGGAUUUCGACUCUGCAUGGUACAUCAAGGAUACUAUAUUGGCCCGGACAACCAAUCUUAUAUCGAUGAAGAUGAUGUAGACCUCCUAGAGAAGCCUAUUCCAUGUGGCCAUAAAGAACUAGCCAUCCUAGGAGUGCCGUUCUGUGUUUCUUCUGAUGAGUCGAGCGAGAACUCUGAGGUUGACUUAACAUAUCCUCCGACAUACGAUACGAAGAACGAUCCCGACACUAUCUCCGUCCCUGUAAACCUAGCAAAGUAUGGUAAUGACUAGCACAAAUAGUUGGGAUGCUUAAAGCGGGAUUGAAUAAUGUAGGCCCCUUAGGUCAACAUUCUCUCGCCCAUCGUCAUACAAGUAGAGCCGCACAAGUCUAACAUUGAACAAGUGUGGUGUUACAAAGCCUGGCUAUAGGGUAUUCUAUUACGUAAUUCUAGCCUCACGGAUCAUAUAAAGGUCCUAGGAUCAUCUUAUUUCUCUGAUCUGAGACACACACACACCUUCAUU